AUGUGGCGACGAACUUAUCUAUUGCUAUUGCUGGUUCGUGUGUACUUUGCGCUGUCGCCCAGCUAUCUACAUCCAGAUGAGAACUUCCAGGGCCCAGAGGUCUUUGCAGGUCGCAUAUUCUCAUACCCCUCAAAAUUACCAUGGGAGUUCACCGUAGAGAAUCCCAUUCGCAGUAUAUUUCCACUAUGGCCAACAUAUGAGCUGCCCAUGAGCCUGUUGCAAUGGUUCUAUACCGAGACCGGGUCUGGCAGCCCACCACCACAACUUGUCUACCAUGCGCUGCGGGCUGGAAUGUUCCUCUUGAGCUUUGUGCUGGAGGACUGGGCGAUCUACGAAUUAGUGCCUUCCCCGCGGCACCGUCGCGCAACAGUGGUGCUAGUGGCCUCGUCCUAUGUCACCUGGACAUAUCAGACGCACACCUUCUCCAACUCCCUUGAGACGCUGUUGGUCGCCUGGGGACUGGUUCUGAUUCGGCGCAUUGUGGAAAAUAAGCGACGCUCGUCCUUCUUCUCCCACGCUGUCCUCGCCUUCAUCGCCGUGGCCGGUGUCUUCAACCGCAUCACCUUCCCAGCCUUCCUGCUGAUCCCAGGCCUACAAUUGCUCCCUCAUUUCUUGCGCAAACCAACCUCGCUCGUGGCUUUCAUCGCUUUCGGUGUACUCUUCUCCACCAUCGCAAUCACUACAGACACAGCCUUCUACCGGCCGACCACAGGCCUGUUGGAAAAUUUGCGCAACCCAAUUAUCACACCGCUGAACAAUCUCCUCUACAACAGCGACACCUCUAACCUAGCCCAGCACGGCCUGCACCCUCACCACCAACAUUUCACAGCCAACCUUUUCCAGCUCCUCGGCCCAGCCUAUAUAGUCAUGCUCCUCUCCAUCUUCAGCAAACCCAUGCGCAAUAUCCGCGCCCUAUCCGCCUUUUCAGCAACCGCUCUUCUCUCCCUCUUUCCCCACCAAGAGCCCCGCUUCCUUCUCCCCUGUGUCCCCCUCCUCCUAAGCUGCAUCCGCAUCAAAAAGCCCCUCGUCCUAACAGCAUGGAUCAUCUUCAACGCCGCAAUGGGCUUCCUCAUGGGCGUCUACCACCAAGGCGGCGUGAUCCCAAUGCAGCUCGCGAUGCCAAACCUCACUGCUGGCCCGACAACGGUCUUCUGGUGGAAAACCUACUCUCCGCCCCUUUGGCUCUUGGGCAAUAACAUUCCCCAUAUCGAAACUCACGAUCUGAUGGGUAUGCCAGGCGCGGAAAUGAUGCAGCAGCUCGACCUGUCCGUGCCUGCAUGCGGCCUCCCGCUAUCGACCUACCUAGUUGCACCCACCUCGGCGGAGUUCCUUGAUGCCUAUGUUCAUGAAAACACAACUAUACGGCUCACGCAGGAAUGGGUCUACCGCAACCACAUCAAUUUGGAUGAUUUGGAUUUCGGCGAUGACGGAGUCCUCCCGACGCUGAAACGCGUCGUGGGAAGACGUGGGUUGGGUAUUUGGGCCGCUCAUCGGUCCUGUAACUAG